UUGACAGGAUGAGGUUCAGGGUUAUCUUGGUUCGACAACUUUUGGAGAUACUUGAAACUGAUGUGCUGCAAAUUUCUCAUUCCUGUUUGACAGUCCUCAGUGGUGAAACAAGAUACAACAAAGCAAAACUUCUUCAAGGGCAGGGUGUGGAUGAACCAUUGUCCGAGUUUGGCUCCAAGCAGGCUAAGGCUGCAGGCCAGACUCUCGGCAAAAUCAAGUUUUCUCAUGUGUUUUCAAGUGACUUGCAGCGUUAUUACAAAAUGCACACAAACAAGAACAUACCUAUCAAUGAAUAG